AUGUGUUACUAUGGAAGCUACUAUAGAGGCCUAGGCUAUGGCUACGGCUGUGGCUAUGGCUAUGGCUGUGACUGUGGCUGUGGCUAUGGCUGUGGCUGUGGCUGUGGCUGUGGCUAUGGUGGCUAUGGUUAUGGCUGCUGCCGCCCACUGUGCUGUAGAAGAUACUGGUCCUGUGGCUUCUACUGA